UCUGUGAUGACAUUUUCUGAGCAGAAUACCAAUGCUGCUACAUUUCUUCCCAGAGGUUUCUGACUCUUCUUAUAUGCGGAUAAAAUUUCUCUCCAAGAAGGUUUUGUUCACAGGAAAGAAAUUGCAUCUUUUGUAAGAGUCUUCCUUGAAGAAAUGGCAUCAGACAUUCCUGGCUCGGUGGCCUUGCCGGUGGCUCCGAUGGCGAGUGGACAAGUGAGGAUGGCAGGAUCCAUGCCUUCCAGAGGCGGAAAGCGUCGCUCUGGAAUGGACUUUGAUGAUGAAGAUGGGGAGGGGCCCAGCAAAUUUUCAAGGUAUGAUGGUGAUCAAAUCACUGGUGAUAAGGAAAAGUUUGCAAGGGAGAACCACAGUGAGAUCGAGAGGCGCAGGAGAAAUAAGAUGACCCAGUACAUCACCGAGCUGUCGGACAUGGUGCCCACGUGCAGCGCCCUGGCUCGUAAGCCCGACAAGCUGACCAUCCUUCGCAUGGCUGUUUCCCACAUGAAAUCCAUGAGGGGCACUGGAAACAAAUCUACUGAUGGAGCUUACAAGCCUUCCUUUCUUACAGAACAGGAACUGAAACACCUUAUCCUGGAGGCUGCAGAUGGGUUCCUGUUUGUAGUUGCAGCUGAGACGGGGAGAGUGAUCUACGUGUCAGACUCUGUGACUCCUGUGCUGAACCAGCCUCAGUCGGAGUGGUUUGGCAGCACUUUGUACGAGCAGGUUCAUCCAGACGAUGUUGAAAAGCUGCGAGAGCAACUGUGCACAUCUGAGAACUCCAUGACAGGACGAAUCCUGGACUUGAAGACGGGGACAGUAAAGAAGGAAGGUCAGCAGUCCUCCAUGAGAAUGUGCAUGGGAUCCAGGCGCUCCUUCAUUUGCAGGAUGAGGUGUGGAAAUGCUCCUCUGGAUCAUUUACCUCUGAACAGAAUAACCACCAUGAGAAAAAGAUACAGGAAUGGCCUGGGCCCAGUGAAAGAAGGUGAAGCACAAUAUGCUGUUGUCCAUUGCACUGGCUAUAUCAAGGCUUGGCCACCAGCAGGAAUGACUAUACCAGAAGAAGAUGCUGAUGUGGGACAAGGUAGUAAAUACUGCCUCGUGGCAAUAGGAAGGCUUCAGGUGACCAGCUCUCCCGUGUGCAUGGACAUGAACGGCAUGUCGGUCCCCACGGAGUUCCUGUCCAGGCACAACUCGGAUGGAGUCAUCACCUUUGUGGACCCAAGGUGCAUCAGUGUCAUUGGCUACCAGCCCCAGGAUCUUCUGGGGAAAGAUAUUUUAGAAUUCUGCCAUCCUGAAGACCAAAGCCAUUUGCGAGAGAGUUUCCAACAGGUGGUGAAACUGAAGGGUCAGGUCCUGUCUGUGAUGUAUCGUUUUCGCACCAAAAACCGGGAGUGGAUGCUGAUCAGAACCAGCAGCUUCACAUUUCAGAAUCCUUACUCUGAUGAGAUUGAAUACAUCAUCUGCACCAACACUAAUGUCAAACAACUUCAGCAACAGCAAGCAGAACUCGAAGUACAUCAAAGAGAUGGGCUGUCAUCUUAUGACUUAUCUCAGGUGCCUGUUCCAAGUAUACCAGCUAAUGUUCAUGAGGGUGGAAAGUCUGUGGAAAAGCCUGAUGCUAUCUUCUCCCAAGAGAGAGAUCCUAGAUUUGCUGAGAUGUUUGCUGGAAUAACUGCUUCAGAUAAAAAAAUGAUGGCCUCUGCGUCCACAGCAGGGAACCAGCAGCUUUACUCACAGGGAAGCCCAUUUCAGCCAGGACAUUCGGGAAAGACUUUCAGUUCAUCUGUGGUGCAUGUGCCUGGUGUCAACGACAUCCAGACUUCCUCCUCAACAGGCCAGAACCUGACACAGAUAUCCCGGCAGCUCAAUCAGAGCCAGGUGGCCUGGACAGGAAAUCGCCCUCCAUUUCCAGGACAGCAAAUUCCAUCUCAGUCUGGCAAGGCUCAGUCGUCUCCCUUUGGCAUUGGAACAAGUCACACCUACCCAGCUGACCCAUCAUCUUACAGCCCCCUGUCCAGCCCAGCCACCUCUUCUCCAAGUGGGAAUGCCUACUCCAGCCUAGCAAACCGAAGUGCUGGCUUUGCUGAAGGUGGCCAGAGCAGCGGGCAGUUCCAGGGCAGACCGUCCGAGGUGUGGUCGCAGUGGCAGAGCCAGCACCACAACCAGCAGAGCGGCGACCAGCACUCGCACCCACAGCCCAACCAGACCGAGGUGUUCCAGGACAUGCUGCCGAUGCCUGGGGAUCCAACACAGGGUACUGGCAAUUACAACAUUGAAGAUUUUGCUGACCUGGGCAUGUUUCCACCAUUUUCUGAGUAGCUUGCGAAGCAGAAAUGGAAGUUCUUCUUCUCCAAGGCCAUUUCAGUGUAAUUUUGGCGCUGCUUUUUCUGUGUUGCAUUUCUGUAGAAGCUACUAAACCAGAAGACACAUUUCUUAUGUUUCAGAUAGUGGUGUAGGGCUUGCUCUCUCCUCCUUGGGGUGCAUCAGUGCCAGCAGAGGAGCUCCAGCACUUGUUAGUGUUCAUUGACAGCUCCAUUUUUUUUUUUUUUUUUUUUUU